AUGUCAUUUGAUAUAUUCAGGCAAGGCCAACGAAUGGCUAUAAAGCUUAUUGACAAAGAUUUUGAUGGAUAUUCGUAUUAUUGUUAUAAAGCGGUUGACGAAUUAAGAUACAUCAGAUGUUAUGGUCGUAGACGACAAGGAUGUCCUGCCACCGGAAAGUUGGUUGAUGGUGCACCAGUUCUAACGAUUGGCCAUAACCAUGCAAGAAAUCGGUUGUUACAUCUUCAGCGUAUAUUCCAAAAAGAGCUGUACAAAGCUGUUUUAAUUGAACCAUUCCAAUCAUUCCGAUUAAUUUACGAUCAUCUGUGUCAACGCCAUUCAGUUGCUGCUGUCACAUUAACAUGGAUUAAGAUGGAACCCGUAAUGCUACGGUGGCGAAAGCAAGUCCGUUCACAACAUCCUUCAACUCCCAGAAAUUUGAUGGAAUACGCAGCGCAUCUUGAAAUUCCCCAGUGGCAAAAUUUAAUAAGAUAUGGUAAUGGACUAUUGGAUGUACAUACUAUUGCGGUUGCUGAUGGAUCAUUUAUUACCGUAAUUAGUGAUAUUAAUUUUUUGGGAUUAAUAAACCCUGUCACAUUGUUAAUGGAUGCAACAUUCAAAAUAAGGCCGAUAAAGCCAAAAAUUUAUCAGGUUUUUUCAAUCAUAGGAAUAAUAGAUGAUACGCCGUUAUCAAUAUGCUGGAUACUUAUGACAUCAAAGUCAUCAUCUGCUUACACGGCAGGCUUGACGUAUUUUAAGGAUACUUUGGCUCCGCACAUCCAACCUCAAACUAUCAUUACUGAUUUUGAAGCUUCUUUACGAUAUUCUGUCAAUUUAACUUUUCCUCAAGCUCACAACGUUGGUUGUUAUUUUCACUUUUGCCAAGCGCUGAUAAAAAAACUAAAACAAUUUGAUUUAUUUCGGUUAUGUAAAGAGUGGAUACCGGGCCAAAUUAUUAUUCGAAAAUUUAUGGCCCUAGCUUUACUGCCACAUCAGGAUAUUGUGCCAGCGUACAACUGGUUGAUCACAAAUUUACCUGCCGAUAUUCAGCAAAUAUUCGGAAUGUUUAUAAGGUAUUUUAGACGGUACUGGUUAACAACAGUAAAACCGAUUGGUUUCAGUGUAUAUAAUGAAAAGACUAGAACCAAUAAUUUUUCGGAAGGAAAUAAUCGCCGAAAUAAAUUAAGAUUUGGUAUUCAUCCAAACAUUUGGUCAUUCACCGGUGGCGCAUUGGACGUCCUCAAAACGUCUUGGAGACCUCAUUUUGAUCAAAAUUCUGACGUCUAA